AUGAAUCAAAAAUCAACUACAUUUCAAAAAUCAACAUUACGUAAAAAAACAAUCCAUAAACAAAAUAUUGAAAUAGAAAAAACUGAUGAAUAUAAUUUUAUUCAUAGUUAUGGUGAAAUUCAUUUUCCUGGAUGUGAAGAACCAGUCAAAUAUGUUCGUACAGAUCAACGGAACACUCAAGAUCAAUGGAAGCGUAUUUUAACUGAAAAAUGGAAUUUGAAACCACCAACAUUAAUUAUCAGUAUUCUUAGUUCACAUGCUGAAUUAACUAAACGUUUUAAGAACACACUGAAAAAGGGUUUAUGGAAAGCAGCUGAAGGUUCAGGAUGUUGGAUUAUAACUGAUGGUUUUGAUCAUGGUAUGACGAAAGUUGCAGGUGAAGCGGUACGUGAUUACACUGAAGCUUAUGGAAAUGAUCAUAUGAUAAUGGUUGGUGUUGCGCAUACUGAACGAGUGACUUAUCAAGAAUUAUUUGAUUUAGCUAAUCAUAAUGUAAGGAGUAAAGAUAUUUCUUCAAAUGUAUUAUAUCCAGAUCCUUUAUCUGAUGAAGAAACCGAUGAUAUUACUAAUACAGCAACUACUUCAAUGGAAGCAGAUCUAUGGCAAUUCAAUGAAUCCGGUCAACAAAUUGAUAGUUCUGUAAUUAAAUUAUCUAAUAAAUCACUGACUAAAACAAAAACGUAUCGUUUAAAUUCAAAUCAUCAAUUUUUAAUACUUAUUGAUCCAAUACUUAAACAAGAGCAAACAUUGGAAGAUCGACUAUUAGAAACUCGUAUUAUGUUAGAACGUACUAUAAUAACAUGGGCAAAACCAUCUUCACGUUCCACAUGUGAGGGUAGUGGUUCAGCAAAGACCAGUAGCCAGUCGAUAUUAAGUAAAAAUAAAAAGUUAAGGAAAAAAGAACAAAAAUUUAAAGGCACAGAAGAAUCUCUCCUUCCAAUUAUAACCGUUACUCCAAGACCAUCUGCUACACUUCCAUCAUUAGCUGAUGGUCUUAUAGGUCAAACAAUUAGACGACAAAGUCACUUGUAUACACGUUCACAAAUUGAGAAGAAAACAGGAGUUAAAGAUUUAUUUCAAAAGAAUGAGUUAAAUGAAAAUCAAUUGGUUGAUAAAGAAAUCAAUAUAUUACAGAAUAUAUCACAGGAUGAACUUAAUUCAACUAGUCAAACGACUGCUAGAGUUCCAAUAUGUGGAAUAGUUGGAGGUGGAAAUACUGCUACAUUAGAUCAAAUUUAUGCUUCAGUGACAUUGAAUCGUUGUCCAAUGGUACUUGUUCGAGGUACUGGUGGUGUGGCUGAUAUCUUAUCGAAUGUUCUAGACUUUAUGAGUUUUAGGAACACACUGGAAGAAACUUUCACAGAUCAAGAAAUUGAUUAUAAAAUAGCUAGUAUUAUACAAGAAGUUUAUGACGAUGCUCGAAGUAAUAAACGUGGCAGAACACUGAAAAAAUCUGAUAAAUCAACAAAAUAUACCGAGAAGUCAACAAACGUUACAAUCAAUCUACCAACUGAUAAUUCAGGUAAACCAUCAACAAAUAGAACUGAACAAAACACAAAUACAAUGAUUAACAUUAAAGAAUAUGAAUCACAAGUGUAUCGAAUAAAAGAAUUAGCCGAUGAUUAUGCUCAUUUAUUUUCGAUAUUUGAAUAUGAUGAUAUUGACUUAGAUGGUUAUAUGAUAUCAGCAUUAUUAAGUAGUGCUGGAAUUGAUCGACCAAAGAAUGAAUUAAACCUUGAUCAACUAGAAAUAACUAUACGAUUGAAUCGAGCUGAUAUUGCACGAACAAAAAUUUUUCUUGAAGGUAAACGUUGGAAAAAAGGUGAUUUAAAUGAAUUCAUGUUCAAUGUUAUUUUAAAUGAACAAACGGAUUUUGUUCGGUUAAUUUUGGAAAAUGGAUUUAAUUUAGAUGAUUUUCUUACUGUCCAUACAUUAGAAAGAUUAUAUACAGAAUGUUUGAAAAAGACUGAUUAUAAAUCAAGAUUAUUACAACAAUUAUGGAAAAGUUCUAGAAUUUAUAAAAUGGAUUGGGUUAUGCUUAGAGAUAUUGAACAUGGUUAUUGUGAAUCAAGUGAUGAAGAGGCAACUAAUGAUAAUUUAUAUGAUGAAUAUGAAAAACAACCAGGUAAAACAAUCACAUCAACUUCAACAUUGAAAGCUGUUGAACCUAUACCGAUAUCAUUUAAUAUUGAUGAAAAAUCUGAUGCUGAAAAAUCUGACGAUCAUAAUAUUGAUCAUGAAGAAAACAUUGCUCAGUCUGAACAAAUAUCUCAAUUUUGUCAACAAAGCAAAAGAUCACAAAAGAAUGAUCAAUCAAAGCGAAACUUCAAUCAACAACGUACCAAUAAAAAAAUCGAAGAUACAGAAGAUGUUACAAGUUAUACAUCAUCGAAUAAUUCAUCGGAAACAAAAUUAAUCAAAUCAUCACAACAUAGAACAAAGUCACGUAGAUCAGUUAGCGCUGGUACACGAAGAGGUAUCAAUGAUGAUAAAAGUAAUAGAUCAAAACAAUCAGUAAUGAAUAAUAACAAUCAAAUAUCAUCAUUAAUGAAUAGAAGACAAUAUAUUGUUAAGCCAAUAGUUGGCACAAAUAACAUUAGGAAUUAUUAUCAAAAUGAUUAUUAUCCAUAUUCGGAUAGUUAUGAAAAUGAUCAUAAUGGUACAAUAAAUGAUACAGUAAUGGGUAAAAAACGUCUUAUCACUACAUUACAACAUGCUAAUGAAACAGAUAAUUAUGUACCAAAAGCUCAAGAAGAUAGUUUUCUAGAUAGAUCAUUUUCUAUUAUAAAUGAAAAGAAUCAGUUGAAUAAUUCAAAUGGGUUGAUUUCAUCAGAUCAAGAAAACGCCGCAGUCAAUAUCAUAGUUCAAUCGCAUUCUUCAAUUCAUUCAAGUAAAACAGAAGUAUCUGUUAUCACUGAUACAAAUAUUAUUGAUGAUCAACCUAGCGAUCAUCUUCAUUAUCCACAACAGCAUCAGAAUGUAACGGGAUCUCAUGAUCAAUCGAUCAGUAGUAUGUGUCAAACAACAACUCUUAGUAAACAAACAUCAUCUAAUAGAAAUAAUAAAUUUCCUGUUCAACGUGUUGCACAUUCUAUUUUACAUCCAUUAACUGAUCCAGAGAAAGCACGUCUACGUUUAAGAGAGAUUGAACGACAAACAUUAGAACGUAAACGUGAAAAAGAACGCAAGCGAAGGCAUAGAAUAGCUCAAGAAAAAUUCACAAUUAUGGAACGUUUAACUGGUCAAGCUAAAGCUGAAAGACUUGAAGAGUUGAAGCCAUCCAAACUUGCAAAUUUUAGACACACCAGUACAGUUAAAUUUGAUAGACCAGCUAGAGAAUUAAUGAUGAUGUGUAUAUUACUUGGAAGAUUUGAAAUGGCUGAAAUAUUCUGGAAUCAAGAGAAGGAACCGAUUGCGGCUGCAUUAGUUUUAUCUAUUUUAAUUGCUGAACUAGGACAAAAGUCAGAUGAUGUUGCAAAUAAGGAAGAGUAUGAAGAGAAUGCUCGAUCAUUUGAAGAUAAAGCUGAUCAAGUACUUGAAGAAUGCUAUCAAGAAGAUCGUGCACGUACUUUAAUUCUUUUAUAUAGAAAAUUAGAAUUUUAUGGAAACACGUCAGUGAUACGUUUGGCUGCACGUGGAAAAUGCAUAAGAUUUAUGGCGAAUCCAUGUUGUCAAGAUUUACUAUCAGGUGUUUGGUCAGGGCGUUUAUCACCUAAAAAUACAUGGAUACAACUAAUUCCUGCUAUUAUAAUGGGAAUAUCUAUCCCUUUUAUUAUUCCACAAUUCAUAAAAUAUUCAACUUCAUUUGAAAGUGGUAAUUCACCUAUCGGUCAAACAAAAAUUGAUCAAGAUGAAAAUAAAUCACGAUCAGAAGUUGAAAAGUUGGUUAAACUUCAACGUCAAUCAAUUCAUUUAGAUAAACCAAUUACAUUAGGAACAAGAAUUUCUUCUCAAAUUGAACGGAUUCAAAUGUUCUAUCAAGCUCCAAUUAUACGAUUUGUUUAUAAUACAAUAUUCUACUUAUUAUUUUUGAUUGUCUUUAGUAAAACACUUCUAACAUCAUUAACAUUGAGUUUUUCUUAUUUAGAUAUUUUUACAACUUUAAUGGUUGGAUCAUUUCUAUGUGAAGAGUUAAAACAAGCAUUCAGUCCUGGUUCAAGUUUAAAAGAAUAUAUUAGUGAUGGUUGGAAUAAAUUAGAUUGUCUUGCAAUCAGUUUAUAUAUAAUUGGUUUAAGUGUUAAAAUUCAUGCUUAUUAUAAUUUAAUUAAUGAACAAAUUUAUCAAUUAAAUAAUCAUAAUAAUAAUAAUAAUCAUUUAUUGAUUCAUUUCAAUGAUUCAAUACAAUUACAAUUAUUACAUAAUCAAACAAAUAUUAAUAAUUAUUAUAUUAAUCAAUAUAAUUUAAUCAAUAAUUCAUUCAAUUUAUCUAUUGAACAAUUCAAUUAA